AUGGAAGGAUACCCUACCAAGGCUCCUCCAGGUGUCCAACUAGUGAACGACCCCGUCAACCUGUCGGACAUCCCCACGGAGUACCAUGACUGUGUGUGCAUUGGCGGUGGCCUGAGUGGCGUUAGCAUUGCCUGCAAGCUCAAGAACAAGUACCAGAAAGUGCCUGACAUGGCGAUCCUCGAGCGUCUCGAGGGUCCAGCCGGGACAUGGGAGGCCAAUACGUAUCCAGGCUGUGCUUGUGACAUUCCUGCACCGCUGUACAGCCUGAGUUUUCGCCAGAAGAGCGACUGGAGUGGCCUCUUCCCUCGACAGCCCGAGAUCCGUGAGUACGUGCGCACGGUGGUAGCCGAGUACGGUAUCGGGCACCUGUUCCGCUUUCAUACUGUGGCGCUCGAGGCGCGCUAUGACGACGCAACGCAUCUCUGGCACAUUCUCUCUGCCACGUUCGAUCCCAAGAACCCGUGCGCACCUCGAAAGCACACUCACUACGUGUGCAAGCUCAUGAUCCAGGCGGUCGGCGGCUUGUCGGAACCAAACAAGUGUGACAUCCCGGGGCACGAGUCGUUCCAAGGUGCGUUGUUCCACUCAGCUAGCUGGGAUCAUUCUGUCGACCUGAAAAACAAGCAUGUGAUCGUCGUCGGCAACGGAUGCUCAGCCACGCAGAUUGUCCCUGAAGUGGCCAAAGAAGCAAAGCAUGUGACGCAAUUUGUGCGCUCCAAGCAUUGGUACGCGCCAUUGCCAGAUGCUGCGUUUGCAAAGACGGACUGGUUCCGCUGGCUGUUGACGAACGUGCCAUGGCUCAUGUGGCUGCUGCGCGCCUAUAUAUGGUAUAUGCUAGAGUCGGAUUUCUGCAUGGCCACAGGCUCCAAGAGGGGCCAGGAGAAACGUGAGGAAUGGGAAAGGGUCUGUCGCGACUACGUCACUCGCACGGCCCCGGAAAAGUACCAUGAGCAGCUGAUCCCCAGCAACAAUGAGCUCAUGGUGGCUUGCCGCCGCCGCAUUCUCGACAACGCGUAUCUGCCAUGUCUGAACUGGGAGAAUGUGGAUCUUGAAACUACCCAACUUGUGCGCAUCGAGCCUGACGCUGUGGUGACCGCUGACGGCCGUCGCAUUCCCGCCGACGUCAUUGUCAUGAGCAAUGGAUUCUCUGUCAAGGCAGCAGGUGCGCCACUGCAAGUCCGUGGUGCCACUAUGACGCAACAGGAACACUAUGACAGGUACGGGUUCGGUUCGCGACUCGCGUACCGCACAUCGUUCCUCGCUGGCUUCCCCAACAUGGCGAUGCUGAUCGGCCCCAAUGCAGGCACCGGCCACAUGUCGAUCAUCUAUACGUCCGAGCGUGAGCAGGAGCUGUUGAUGAGCGUGGCGGCACACGUACUGACGUCGCCCGCACCCAGCCAUGAGGCCGUGGCUCAUGUGCCUGGUACGCCAUACAAAGCUGCUGGUGCGCCAGUCCCGACGUUUGACGUGAAGCUGGACGCUGAGCUCCUCGAGCGAAACUGGAUCGACACCAAGAUGGAGUCGACCGUGUUUAGUACAUGUGACUCCUGGUACCGUGAUCCCAAGUCGGGCCGCGUGUCGGCCGUGUACCCUGACUGGCAGUGGAAGUUCGCCCUGCGCUGCUGGUUCCCUGUGUGGAAGGACUUUGCGUUUACGGGUCUUGCCAAAGGACAGUCGCACCCUGUAUCGACGAUCUGGCAGAAAAUCGGCUGUGCGCUUGGCCUCGGCACCAUUCCGUAUGUGCCGUCGCCGCCAGCAUGGGUCGUCGAGCGCAAUGCAUCCUGCGUCUCUUGA